AUGAGUGAAAUUUCGGCAGAUCUUUACACCAAUCUCGGCCAAAGUGGUCUCAAAAUCUCUAAGGUGAUCGUGGGAUGUAUGUCCUUUGGAUUGAAGUCUUGGGCCGAUUGGGUGGUGGAAGACGAGGAGUUGGUGAUGCAGGUGUUGAAGAAGUGCUAUGACACCGGGAUUCGCACCUUUGAUACCGCAGACAUGUACUCGAACGGAACUUCCGAAGUACUUGUUGGUAAGUUUUUGAAGAAGUACAACAUUCCUCGUGAUAAGGUGGUGAUCCUGUCGAAGUGUUUCUGGCAUGUGGAUGGAGAGAAUAAGUAUGUUCGGGGCCAAUACCCUGCUGCUGAGUUCAUCAAUCGCAUUGGUCUUUCUCGCAAACACAUUGUCGAUGCAGUCCAGGCGAGUGUCGAGCGUCUUGGAACUUACAUCGAUGUGUUGCAAAUUCACCGGUACGAUCCAGAGACUCCCCAGGAAGAAACCAUGCGCGCUCUGAACUAUGUGGUCGAGCAGGGCUGGACCCGCUACAUCGGGGCUUCUUCUAUGAGAUGCUACCAAUUCAUUAUGUAUCAGAACAUUGCUGAGAAGAACGGAUGGCACAAGUUCAUCAGUAUGCAGAACUACUACAAUCUCACCUUUAGGGAGGAGGAGCGCGAGAUGAUUGCAUACUGCAAAAAAACGGGAGUGGGUAUCAUUCCAUGGAGUCCUAUUGCACGUGGAAUUCUAGCAAGGCCUUUGGGAGAUGAAUCUUCUUCGGGAAGGAUCAAGAGCGACGUUGGGAUCAAACUCAACAAACUGAACGCUUUGAGCGCGAGCGAUCAAGAGAUCAUCAACCGGGUCGAGCAACUAGCAAAGAGUCGUGGGGUGUCCAUGACCACUGUGGCUACAGCCUGGGUUCUUUCGAAGGACUGUUAUCCAAUUGUUGGACUUAGCAAACCUGAGCGUGUUGAUGAUCUUCUGGCAGCUGUUUCUCUCAAGUUGACCCCCGAGGAGAUUUCUGAGCUGGAGACUCCUUAUAUCGCAAAAGCUGCCCAGGAGCUUGCUCCUUAA